UAAAAAUCGUAAGAGCAGCCAGUAGCUCUAGAUAACUCAAAAAGAAAAGAAAAUACAUAGAAAUUUAAAUCUUUUUUCUACUGACAAAAUUAUUGAAAAUAUCUCUGAGGAUAUAAUAAUAAAAUAAAACCAAAUUACAAUCGAAAUGGCUCCAAAAUUAUAUAAAUCCACUGACGUGCUGACACUGAACAUCAAUGAUCUGAGGAAAAUAGUUCCUCCUGCCGACAUCGAGUUGCUGGAGCAGAAGAAACGCGACGAGGAGCAGUUGAAGACCGAACGCGAAGAUAUCCAUAUGAAGCUGCAUAGAACGCUCCAUCGCCUCAGCAAACUGGACGAGCAGUUGGAGGUGGACCGCAUUACUGACCUGGAGUACCGAUCUGUGGAAUCACUGAGAAGAAGGCUGACUUUGCGGCAUCAACAGUUGGCCGAGAGACUGGUUCGCAACGGAAGUCGACUGGCCAGGGCGAAAAUCGAUCUCAGCAAGCUGGAAACUGCCAUUUACGAGGACCUCAUAAACAGGGGAAUGAUUUAAUAUGGUUUUAGCACAUUUUUCAAAAUUUCAAGUGAACGCUUAGGUUACUGGAAGUACAAGUAACAUCCCAAUUGGGCAAACUAUUAAGAAUGGAUGUGACGAUGUAAGGCUCUGAACAAUUAUUUUAUAUAUUAUUCCAAGGACGUGGGCAAACUAUAUAUGUACCCUGUAUAAUAUCUUUGUUCUUAGCAGUCUGCGCACUACGAGUCCAUUCGGUUCACCCUCGAAAUUGUAUCGACUAAUGUUUUAAAAAUAAAUGUAUAAUUUGGAAUGAUACAAUAGUGUAUUACGGAAAA